GAUCAAACGGGGUCGUGUCGGGUGUUGUGUUCAGGCCAUCAUGGAAGCAGAGGUUGCCGCAGCCCCAGGCCGUUGCCAUGGCGACCAUCAAUAAGCGCUAGUUGUCACAGGUUGCCAGUCCCGAGUGAGUCAACUUCGUCGGCAAGUCCUGCUAGCGCCAGUGGUUAGUCUGCGUAUUUUCUGCUAAUUCAACUUAUUUCAGAGUGGUGCUCUUGCAUACGUUUGAGCCGACUGUAGCAUUACGAAGUUCAGCGAACCUCAGGUUGUAUAGGAAAGUGACCAGGCUGGGCCGUCGAGGCUUUACGGAAACUGAAAGCAAACGAUAAGAACAACGCCACAAGCUGCCGAAAUGUGUUCCAUUCCUAAGAAGGAUAAGGUAUCUGAUGUAUAUUCGGCAUGUGAAAACCUCCCUCAACGUUUCAACAAACCAGAUUGUGUUGGCGGCUACGGUCAGCGCAAGCAGCAUCCACUGUACAAGACAUCUCAGAACGACUACGGUCGACUGCCGCCCAACAUUCACACCAUGCCCACCUGUUUCUACGGCUCCAACACAAAAUUCACCGAGGGCCUGCUCCGGUUCGGCAUGUACCGCUACCACGGGCUGAACACCGAACUGGACAAGAGCGCCGUGAUGGAGUUCCAGCCUCCGAACUUUGACUGAGCCGUAACAGUUCACCUCUGUAAAUUGUCCAGUUUUGUCCGUCUCAAGUGACAUUUUAAUACGACCUCGUCCGUCAAACAGUGCGCGAUUCGUAGGGUUGAUGGAAAGCUAUAAACUAACAGACUGCUUCUCGCCUAUCGCUUGCGGUUUCGCUUUUAUUUCAGCAAAGUUCAGCGUCAGCGAAAGAUAACUGUCUUUUGUUAGCUGGAGUGAACAACCAAUCGUCCGAAAUAUAACGCAAGUACGGCUA